UCUCACACGCUCUUUUAAGCACUUGAUAAAUAUAUCUGGGAAUAGAGCAGCAAACCCCAGUUAACAUCCAUGCCAAUCUGCUCAAAGUUAAAGGCACAGUUUGCCCAAAAUCAUCAUGUUGUUCCAACCCCCUUGACUUUUGGAACAUGAGGAUCUCUCCCCAAUAAAAAAGAGACUGAACUGAGGAAGCAAGUUCAACUUUGAGAAAGAGGAGGCUAAAGAAAACAAGACAGAUAUGCCACAGAACGUGGUGCUGGACGGGUCAGCCCCUUGGGGAUUUCGGCUUUCAGGAGGCAAAGAUUUUAACCAGCCGCUGACCAUAACUCGGGUGACACCAGGCAGUAAGGCAUCUCGGGUCAACCUGUGUCCAGGAGACAUCAUCCUGGCUAUCCAGGGAGCGUCCACUGAGGGUAUGACUCAUGCUGAAGCUCAGAACAAGAUCAAAGACUCCACCAAUCAGCUUUUCCUCAAGAUAGAGAGGCCAGAAACUAAAAUGUGGUCACCUCAGGUUAUAGAAGAAGGGAAAGUGAACCCAUUCAAAAUCAAUUUGGAGGCAGAGAAGCAAGAGUGUAAACCUAUUGGCACAGGUCAUAACAGAAGAGCACAGCCCUUUGUGGCUGCCGCCAGUCUGGAUGACAAAACGCAGGUGGUGAGCUCCACCUACAACACUCCCAUAGGCCUCUACUCUCAAGAUAACAUCCAGGAUGCCCUGCAAGGACAGAUCCAGGGUCUGGUGCAUGAAAAGCCUGAGGGCCCUAAACCCCUGACGUCUAUUGAAGACUCUCAUGUGUACCGUAUGCUCCAGGAGAACCAAGAGCAGCCACAUGAACCACGUCAGUCUGGAUCGUUUAAGGCCCUGCAAGACUUUGUGGAGAGUGAUGGCACGAGGCCUAUGGUGACUAGAAGUGUAAAAGCCCCAGUGACAAAGCCCCAAGCCACCACAUCCUCACUGCAGAAGCUGCCUCUCUGUGAUAAAUGUGGCACUGGCAUUGUUGGACCGGUGGUGAAAGCUCGGGACAAGUACCGCCAUCCAGGCUGUUUUGUGUGCUCAGACUGUGGCUUGAACUUGAAGCAGAAGGGCUACUUUUUCGUGGAGGGACAGAUGUACUGUGAAGCCCAUGCUCGAAUGCGAAUGACCCCACCUGAGGGACAUGAUCUAGUUACUGUAUAUCCUACUGCUUAGAGGGACGGACAGUUGAAAUUAGACAACUGGUAUUGUUUGCGAUUAUUGCUUCUUGAUAUUCCGUUAUUCAUUUCUUCAUUUUUGUUUAUAAAGGGAAAUACAAGGCCAAUUUAAAGCCGUAUACACCUGGCAUUAACACAUUUUUAGUGAUUGAAUCAUUACCACAUUACUGUUUACACCUGGUAUUAACAUGCAUUAGGCAUUGCUUCGUUCACUGUGGUUCAGGUUGCAUUCAGGAUGGAUUGAUUUAAAUGCAAUGUUUCUGACUACCCCUGUAUGGUUCACUGAUACAAUUUCAAAACGUUUUAGAACCCACAAAGCACUUUGAGCACUGAAAACUUGUGAUCUGAUCACAAAAAACGGAUGUUAAUGCCAGGUGUAAAAGGGAUUGAAGCUCUUUCUUAAGGCCUUAAUCUAGUUCUUGUUGAAAAGCUGUUAGUCAACUCUCUCAUUUCUCACAUAUUAGCCUUCUGUGCAGAGCAAAUCCUAAAUUUAGACACAAACUAAUCCCUUUAGGUUUCAGUUAUUCUCAAAAUAUGAAAGAAGGGGAAUUUUGCUUUUAAUACAGGUUCAAAUAUGCCAUAAUCUAUUAAGUAUUCUAUAAGUAUUUUGUAAU